UUUUGUAAUUUUGUCAAUUUUUCCUCUUGGCUUUUUUUAUACAGCACACAAUAGACCUUUUAACAUUACUCAACAGACUGUUUGACAUGACAUAGCUGGAAAAGCACCACUGUAAUAGAACCUUUUCAUAGCAACCAUUUUGACAUGAAAUAGGGUAAACACAGGUGUUACCAAUGGCACUAAUUGAGGUCCUCUUUUAUUCAGGUCAAACAGAGUCAGGAUGCUGCUAUUGUGCAUGUUGGACCAGAAAGGCUCUGCUACACUAAAUGGAACAGAACCUUAAUUGGUAUGAUUGGUAACAUGUUGUUACCCGGAUGGACCAUGGAUGCUGUGAAAAAGGUCUAUGAAUAACAAUUAAAAUGUGCUCACUCGUUUGGCCUGCAAAGACAAGACCAAGACCAAGAAAUAAACUCACCUGUAGAAAAAAAAUACGUGGCUCGUUCCAGGCUUUUACCAUUGGUUUUGUUGUUUUUAAUCACAGAGCAGCCAGAAAGUGUCGUCACAUGAUACCGCAGCGGCCUCUCGUGGCGUCCUCACUAAACUGACGCUCGUGCUGCGUUCAAGCUACAGAGGCGGUUGUCUCGUGCGAAUGCGGCGCGAGUACGGUAUCGAUACCACGAGCCGAAAUCAGUUGGAGGGUGUCACUAUCAGAACUGCGCUGUUAAUUUAAUAAUGGCGACAGAAACGACUUGUCAGUGGAAAACAACAGUUAUCGUCAGCACAUCACUCCGGAACCAUGAUACAACCAGGAUGCUCAGCGCGCAGCUGCACAGAAUCAGGUUUUCAGACAGUGUUGAGUCCGGAGCGUUUAUAUUUCCUCUGUCAGGUACUGCAUUUCUGUUGGUUGACCCUGAACACCUCUCAGGGUGUUUUGAGGAAUCUGGACUCAUUGAGAGGAUAAAGAAAUUUGUGCAAGUACACCGGAACAGCUUUCUACUUCUGCACGCCCCAUUCAAUGGGACAAAGGAACUGGAAAUAUUGACUUUGAUUCAACAAAGAUUCUUUGGCAGCAACCUCAGGAUCCUGCCUGUGCGAAACAACACUGAGAUUGUCCAGGGAAUGUUGACAAUUGCCAAGGCCACCAGUAAGCCCCUUGUAGACAGCAUCCGGGACCGGAUGUCUCUGGCUCGGGCUCACGUCAUUGAAAGCAGUCCUGUGUGGGAAAUGCUAAGAGACAUUCUGUAAAGCUCAGCAGGUGAUCCAGCAUGUUUUCACAAACACCUCUGUUGCUUUUAUUUGAUGAAAACCAGUACAAGCCUUACUUGUUGAAUACAAAAAGCAAUAAUAUAUGCACAUAUGUUUGUUUAAUUUUUGACAACAACUUUGCCAUAGAAAAAAAAUCACACUUUAUUUAUUAAAUGCAAUGUUUUUUAUCAGUAAAACAGAGCAAAUAAAAUAAAACACUGUUUAGAAAAAUAA